AUGGCCGUCGCAAUACCUCCUCAUCAAACUCAAGGCACUUUUCUUCUCUGUACGAAACCACCAUUUCGGAUUACCUUCUCCUCGAUUCCUACAAAUCGGAAACCUUUCUGUGUCUUCUCUCUCCAGACUCAGUUUUCUUCUUCUUCUUCUCAGGUCACUUCCAAAAACCCUAGAGAUGAGCAGCAGAGACUCUCCUUCACCAUCGAUUAUCUUAUCGACUCGUGUGGAUUGUCUCCUGAUUACGCCAUCUUAGCCUCUCGGAAGCUUCUCCUUGAUUCUCCGGAACGACCCAACACCGUUCUAAACCUUCUUCGUGACCAUGGAUUCUCCACCGCACAGAUCUCCACUCUCAUCAAGAAACGCCCUGUUCUCUUGUUAGCCAAUGCCGAAUCUGUUCUCCUCCCAAAACUCCAAUUCUUCCUCUCAAUCGGCGUCUCCAAAUCCUUACUCGCACGUACCCUUGCUUCUGAUCCAACCAUUUUGACAAGAAGCCUCACCAAUCAGCUUAUCCCUUCUUACAAUUUCCUCAAGAGCGUCCUCGACGCCGACGAGAAGAUCGUGGCGGCUCUUCGGCGCACCACCUGGGUUUUCCUCGAGGAUCACACCAAGAACCUCGUCCCUAACAUCAACUUCAUGUCGGAGACAGGCGUUCCGGAGAAAUGUAUACAGCUUCUCCUCACGCAUUUUCCUGAAGCCGUGAUGCAAAAGAACCACGAGUUCAGGGCAAUCACGAAUGUGGCUAAAGAGAUGGGAUUCAAUCCCAAGAAAUCAACUUUCGUGCUGGCGAUUCACGCACUCUCUGGUAAAGGCAACAAAUCGAUAUGGGACAAGUGUUUUGAGGUCUAUCAGGGAUGGGGUUGGUCGGAAGACGAUAUCAAGUGCGCCUUCAAGAAGCAUCCGCAUUGUAUGAUGUUGUCUGAGAAGAAGAUCAAUAGAACGAUGGAGUUUCUUGUCAAGGAGAUGAAUUUGGCGCCUAGAUCGAUCGCACAGUGUCCCGUGGUACUCUUCUUCAGCUUGGAGAAGAGGAUUAUCCCAAGAUGUUCGGUGAUUAAGGUUUUAGCAUCAAAGGGGCUUGUGAAGGAGGACUGGAGCUUGACGUCAUUGUUGGUUCCAGUGGAGAAGGUGUUCUUGGAGAAGCUUGUGAUUAAGUUCGAGGAGGAGUUGCCUGAGUUGAUGGAUGUGUAUCGAGGAUGCACCAAACUCUCAUCUUUUUUUGCUUCUGUUUAG